UUGUAAUAAACUCCGCCCACCGCUGGCGUUAUGCACAGAGGAGCUACAAGAUGGCGCAGGCAAUAUUUGAGGUUCUGGAAGGCAUGGACAAUCAGACGGUGCUCAAUGUCCAGUCACUGUUGGACGGUCAGGGUGGUGUUUUGGAUCCAGGAACACAGAAUGUCUCAGGAACGAACAUCCAGCCAAUGGACGAUGACGAUGUCUUUCUGUGUGGGAAAUGUAAGAAGCAGUUCAACUCUUUGCCGGCGUUCAUGACUCACAAGCGUGAACAGUGUCAGUCCAACACGCCGUCACUGGCCACCGUCUCUCUGGCCUCCAACAACGCCUACACCUCCAUCCCGUCCAUCAGCGCCGGACCGCUGUCCACUAACAGACAGGUGUCAACAUACAUCACCGUGCCGCAGUCGCCGCUCACACACACGCUGGUCCAGGGGAACGUGUUGGUCAGCGAUGAGGUUCUGAUGUCGGCAAUAUCAGCGUUCAGCUCUCUGGAUCAGCCGAUGGCAGCCAUGCAGGGAUCAGCACAGAGUAAUCUCAGCAUGCACGCGGGAACCUCGUACCUCCAGCACCAUCAGCAACCUCCACAGCCCCUCCCUCCAACACAGGCCACGUCCCUGUCCUCACAGGUGCCCUCCAGCCACAGUAAUUCAGUGGUGCAGGUGUACAGCACGCUGCCCCCUAUGGCCGGAGGAGGGACUGCAGAAGUGCCUACACUGGGGCUUCAAUCGUUUCAGUCCAUUCAGGUGCCCAGUCAGUGUGUGGAGGGCCAGGUGUUCAGCGCCGCUCCGGUUUACAGCCCAGGAAAACAGACCAACAAAAACAAGACCUGCACCAUCAGCACAAACCUCUCCGAGCUGGGCGAAUAUGAUAAGGUUAUCAUCCCUAAGAGAGCCAGAACCUCCAAGAAAACACAGGAUGGUAGUUCACACUGGCAAAUUAAAGGAAAGGCCCAGAAGCUCAAGUGCAAUUACUGUGAAAAAGUGUUUACCAAGAACUUUGACCUCCAGCAGCAUAUUAGAAGUCACACAGGUGAAAAGCCCUUUCAGUGUAUCGUGUGCGGCCGUGCCUUCGCUCAGAAGUCCAACGUGAAGAAACACAUGCAGACGCACAAGGUCUGGCCCGCUGGAGUUCACAGCACCGCCUCCAGGAUGCCCAUCACUGUACGCGUACUUCCUCUUAAUAGUGACGAAAACUCACAACAGACGGAGGAAGAAGGACAAGAGCAAGCCAUUGAGGAGCAGGACGCUGAGGUCCAGGAGACACAGGGUUCAGCGGAGGGGAAACAGAGCAGCGGGACGAACCAGAACAAGCAGAUCAUCCUCAUCGACAGCUCGUAUCAGUGCCAGUUCUGCUCGGCCAAAUUCAGCACCUACUUCCAGCUGAAGUCUCACAUGACACAGCACAAGAACGAACAGGUGUACCGCUGUGUGGUGAAGAGCUGCUCUCAGACGUUUCAGAAGCUGGAUCAGUUUCUGGAGCACAUCCACACACACCAGGAGCAGCUGACGUACCGCUGUCACCAGUGCAGUAAGGUCUUCCCGUCGCUCUUCGAGCUCGGCCUUCACCAGUACUCACACAGCUUCUGUCCACAGCAGAACCAGCGCAAAGAAACCAGCUACUACAGAUGUAUGAAGUGUCAGAGUAAAUAUUCCACACAGGAAGCUCUAGAGCAACAUCUGCUGAACGCCACACACAACUACCCCUGUCCUCACUGCCAGAAGGUGUUUCCGUGUGAGAGGUAUUUCCGCAGGCAUCUCUCCACUCACGGCGUCGGCGGCAAAUUCAAAUGUCAGAUCUGUAAAAAGUUCUUCAAAACCGAGCACUACCUCAAACUACACACAAAGAUCCACUCAGGAGAGAAGCCAUAUAAAUGCUCCGUCUGUGAGGCCACAUUCAACAGGAAGGACAAAGUAAAGAGACACAUGCUGAUCCACGAACCCUUCAAGAAGUACAAGUGUCCCUUCAGGACUCAUGUGGGCUGCACCAAAGAGUUCAACAGACCCGACAAACUCAAAGCUCAUAUUCUCUCGCAUUCAGGUAUAAAGCCGUACAAGUGUCAGUUCUGUCAGAAGUCGUUCAGUCGUCGCGCUCACAUGCUGGAGCAUCAGCGCUCGCACACCGACAACUACCGCUUCCGCUGCGCCGCCUGCAACAAGGGCUUCACUCGCCAGAAAUACUACAGAGAUCACAAGUGUCCGCUGGCGGGGGCCGCGCAGGGUGCAGACGGGACGCCGGGACGGGACAACAGCGGCCAGGACACAGAGGACGGAUCUCCGGCCGCGGAGCCUGAUGAACAUGGAGAAACCGAAGAGGAGGGCGAGGAUAAUGAUGGCCAGAUGCAGCAGGAUGAAGAACGUGAGCAGAUGAGAGAGGAGGAAGAGAGGAGCGAGACGAGACUGGAUCACAUGCAGGAAGACGACGGCGCUGUUAGACUGCUGUCUGAGCCCAUGUGCUUCCAGACGGGCGACUGAUCGACACGCUGCUUGUACAUUUUCCAAAAUAUUCAUCACACUGUUUACGAAUUGCAUCAGCUUUCAUAGUCGUCUUUAAAAGCAUAAAUGAUGUUUUCUAUCAUUAAGGGUCUUAAUAUCUUUAAUAUUGGUUUUAUAUUAAAACAUUAUUGUAAGCUAUUUUCUCACAUUUGUUGAGAUGAACUUAGACUUUAACCUAAUCGAUACAGUUUGAAAUAAAUAUCGAGCUGAAUUUCUGCACAUUUGCAGUACGGUUAUUAUGUAUUGUUGCUUGUCCAUAAAUCAUGCAAUGAGAUGUUGGACAAAAAUGUUACAAAGCAGUGUUGUUAUUGUUAUUGUGUUAUUGAGAUUAUGAGCUGAGAGAAUCACAGUUGUUCCACUCGAGCUGUACUUUCUGAGGAAAUCUUUGCCCGCUGUGCUCAAGUGUGCUCUGGGAGAAGGUACUUCAGGACCUGUAAUGUGAUGCUAACGGUGCAGGUCUGACUAAAACCUUUGUCUCCUUUCUUAACAUUGCAACAUGAAGGAAUGCUAUCGAGCAUACAAAUGCCCAGCUUUAGAAAACUUCUCAGAUUUUGCAAGCCUAAGAUAGGGAGUGAGAAGGGGAGAAAACGGUAAGAUGGGUUUGAAGAAGAACUAAUCGGUGGAUUUGACGGUUUGCACGUUUUUUCUUCAAAACUGUUCACAGAGAUGGCUAUGCCUAGAUUUGAAUGCAUUUUUUUCUACACUAUACUAUUAUUGUUGAAUUACUGAUUUCAGAUUUACCCACAUAUGUCAUCUACUGUUAUUACAGUGGGGACUAGUCAGGAGUCUGACUCAUGUCCACAGAUUAGUUGCUUAGAAUGGUUUGUUCAAUGGACCAAAAAAAAAAUCUAAGAAAAUGUAUUUACAUCUCUUGACUUGAAAAGCUUUUCAGUUUUUUAAUAAAAUGCUAUUGAACCCAACUCUGGUUCAUUUGUGAUAAUAUAUUGAUUUAUGAAGAUUAUUUAAAUAUAUUUUUAAGUAGAUUAAUUAGACCACAUAGGAAAAUCAGC